AUGUCCCUGUACUUUUCAGCCGUUCAGAGCCAAACUCCACAGAAGCCUAGUGUGCCUCCCCUGCUCUCGGUCAGCUUCACCAUCACAGCCUCCCCACCAGUGGAGAGCAGACUCUGCGGGGGUCCAGUGCCCAACCGCUCCCAGGCCUGCCACCUUCCCUGCCCAAUUGAGUGCCAGGUGUCUCCCUGGGGUGCCUGGGGGCCCUGCACCUUUGAGAACUGUGAGGACCAGAGUGCCAAGAAAGGCUUUAAACUGCGUCGCCGUGUCAUCCUGACCCAGCCUGGUGGAGGAGCAGACUGCCCUCACCUGGUGGAGGCCGUUCCCUGUGAGGAGCCGUUGUGCUGGAGCUGGAGGGUCCUCAGCCUGGAGCAGUGUGUCCCAGACGGAGAGCUGCCGUGUGGGGUGGGCUCACAGACCUCCCUGCUGCAGUGUGUCAACAGCACUGGGUCAGAGGUGGACCGGGGCCUCUGCUCCUCCUCUCCUCCUCCUGCUCCAGAGCGCUGUGAGGUGCCCUGCCCCAGAGACUGUGUGCUCAGCGACUGGACCCCCUGGACCUCCUGCUCCCAGACCUGCUCCAGCAAAACCAUCGAAGGGAAGCAGAUGAGGACACGUUCCAUCCUGGCCUACAAUGCUGGCGAAGGGGGAGCUCUGUGUCCGAACAGCAGCGCGCUGCAGGAGGUCAGGAACUGUAACGAACAUGCCUGCACCGUGUACCACUGGCAGACCGGAGCCUGGGGAGCCUGCACCGAAGACACCUCCUCCUCUUCCAACAGCACCAUCGCCAGAGGGUCCUGCGCCUCAGGAGUCCAGACCAGGAAAGUGAUCUGUGUGAGGGUCAACGUGGGACAGGUGCCACCCAAAAAGGAGCGCACCACCUCUUCCUCACUGAUGGUGAGAGGAGUUCCCCUGGGCGUUAAGGAGGAGACUACCUCAGUGACUUCAGUGGAGUUGUCCUUUUCAAAACGAGUGAAGAAGAGGUUCAGCCUGGCUCUGACCCCGGCCUUCUUCUUUCCUCUGCGCGUCUUUUUACUGUGGGAGCGUGAAGUGCUAGAGGAGUCAUCCCGCUGGAUCUCGCGAGGAAUAACCCCGGUGUAA